GUCAGAGCGAAAUGUGUGUCCCCGACUAAAGCAGCUUUAUUUCCGCCCUAGUCCGGUGCCGUCCUGAAUAUCUCUGCGAGGAGCAUUUAAAUGGACUGUAAAACGAGUGUGAGCUGACUGCUGUUGUGACUGACAGCCGCUGUGUCCGCUCUCCGCCUGUCGCUCCUCGAAGAGUCUGAACCGAAGCAGAGGAUGGAUGGAAACUUUUCACCGGCUGCUAUCUUGUCAGUAGUCCUCCUCACCGUCCUGUUGUCAUCCUCAGCUGCGUUUCUGGAGCCUUACGACCUUUUAUACGACAAUGCGGUGCAGGCAUUUUACAGCAACGACUAUAAGAACGUGGUGAGCUACAUGGAGGGAGCGCUCAGCAGCUACAGAGAAGUCCGCCGCACCAAAGUCCGGUGCCGGCUGAGGUGCCAGGACCAGCAUCCGUUUGACGAAACCUUCAUGGACCUGCACUUCUUCGACGUGGUCCUCCGAAGAGCGGCGUGUAUGAACAAAUGCAUCGAGGAGAAAGUUGGCACUCAGUCUGUGCAUAAAGUCAGCGAGGAUGUAGUGCAGGACUUCCACAGGAGGAUCCCCUACAACUAUCUUCAGCUGGCUUAUCAGAAGUUAAAGCAGCCUGACAAGGCAGCAGCAGCAGCACACACCUAUUUCCAGGCCAAUCCCGAACAUGUGGAGAUGGGGCAGAACCUGGAGCAGUACAAAGACCUGCAGGGUGUCAAGGAGGACCACUUUGUAGACCGAGAAGCCCGGCCUCACCAGCGCUCAUUCACGGCGGCAGUGAGGUUAUAUGACAAGGGCGACUACGAGGGUGCCAUCGCUCUGUUCGAGGAAGCUCUGGUGGAGUACUAUAAAGCAGAUGUGGAGUGUCGGGCCCUGUGCCAAGGACCGCAAAGGUUUGAGGGCCACGAUCACCUCCGCUACCGUUACAGCCUCCAUGAACUCAUAUCAGAUCACUUCACUCAGGUGCUGCACUGUGAACAUGAGUGUGUCAGAGAUCUCGCCACCCGGCCAGGCCGCCUGUCACCCAUGGAGAACUACCUGCCUCUGCACUACGACUACCUUCAGUUUGCUUACUUCCAGGUGGACAGGCUGGAGGAGGCCUUGCAGUGUGCUCUGACCUACCUUUUAUUCCACGAGGGAGAGGAGUUCAUGACGGACAACGUGGAUUACUACAGAGAGGUGCUGGGACACGAUGGAGAACCGCGAGAGAAAGCUGCUUGGUACCUGAGGAGGCACAAACAGGAACUGGAGCUGCUCCUGGUUGGCAGCAAAAUCAUGGGUGUAGAAUUUACAGAAGGGAAUUACUGGAGCAGCACAGGUGGAAGAGAAGACUCCAACAGGAUUCCCUCUGGUACAGAUGGCUGGAUGGAGUAUGUUCCCAUCUCAGAGAAGAAAAACGUCACUGUGGCUGCUCCACAGCAACUCAAAGAAGGUGGCCCCUUGUUGUAUGAUAGCGUGCAGCUGGUGCAGAAUUCUGCAGCCUUGAACGGGACCCAGCGGGUGCUGCUGGACCAUGUUAUAUCUGAGGAGGAGUGUAAAGAGCUCAGACACCUGGCACAUACUGUCACCAUGGCAGGAGACGGUUACAGAGGGAGGAUGUCGCCACACACGCCCAAUGAGAAAUUUGAGGGAGCCACUGUACUCAAAACCCUGCAGUACGGCUAUGAGGGCAGAGUGCCGAUGAGAAGCGCUCGCCUCUUCUACGAUAUCAGUGAGCGAGCGAGACGCAUCAUCGAGUCCUACUUCCUGCUCAACUCCACCCUGCACUUUUCCUACACACACCUGGUGUGCCGCACGGCCAUCACAGGUCAGCAAGAUCACAGGAAUGACCUGAGCCAUCCCAUCCAUGCUGACAACUGCCUGCUGGACCCUGAGGCCAACGAAUGCUGGAAGGAACCACCAGCAUACACAUACAGAGACUACAGUGCACUGCUAUAUCUAAAUGGAGAUUUUGAAGGAGGAGAGUUCAUAUUCACUGAAAUGGAUGCCAAAACAGUCACAGCAUCAGUGAAGCCCAAGUGCGGCAGGAUGGUGGGUUUCUCAUCAGGAGGGGAAAAUCCACACGGCGUAAAGGCCGUCACCAGCGGGCAGAGGUGUGCUGUGGCUCUGUGGUUCACCCUGGACCCGCUCUUCAGAGAACUGGAGAGACUACAGGCAGAUGAGGUGAUCCAGGCAUUGGACACACAGUCUGUGUGGGGUCAGGGCCUCAAAAUUAACCCGAAAGAUGAACUGUAGAAGCAGAAAAACAGCUUCAUCCUCCCCCCACAAUCAAAACUUUCUAUAUAUUUUAACUAUUUAUUGAAUGACCUUUGAAUCAGAACAUUUCUAUUUUUGUACUGUUUGAAGUUCAAGAUCAAUAAUGUUGACAUUUUUGUGUUGUUAGUCGUAUGUCUUUUUUUUCAUGUUUCUCUACAUGCCAGUACUUGAGUUUACCUUUGGUUAUUCCUCUUUCCUUCCAGUAAUAUCACAGCUUUGAGUUAAGAAAAAUUCAGAUUCACUUUGUUUUGUUUUCUAUCUGUAAUCUCACAGAAGAAGCCAAAUAAUGCGUUUUAUUCAAAAACUAUGUAUGUAUUUUUUUCAGGUCAGCAGUUCAAAAUAAUAUUUAACCUUUACAAAUGGUACUGUUACAUAUGCAUUUUUUUCUUUUUCUGUGCCAGUAAUAAUUUCAAAGUAGGCAGUGCACUGUUUUUCUAAUAUUUUUCUGAUAUAUAAGUCUCAAAUAGGCCUAGCACUCACUCUAAAAGAAAAAAAAAUGAAAUAGAUAUGUUCUAAUAUGCUGAAUAUUUAAUGAUCAUGCACUCUGUCCUCUGUGUGUCAAGUCUGAAACUGAAAAUGCCUCUUGUCACCCCUUUGUCCACUUUUCCUUGUUGUGAUAAAUUAGUUCCCUCCUUUCUGGGCACACAGAGCAGAAUACUGGUUUACAUGUUCACUAACAUGAGGACAGGAUGUGUGUGUGUGUAUGUGUGUGUGUGUGUGUGUGUGUUAAUGUUUUACCUUUAUUUAUGUGUUUUGAAUAAUAGACAGCUGCUGUUGUAACUGUCUGCAUUUAAUAUGAGUAACUUUUUUUCAUAAAAGAUGUCAAUCAUUCCUGUUUCAAGGAAUACAUAUUUGUAAGAUCUUUUAUUUCUUUAUAUUUGUGUUGAUGAUAUAGAUGAUGAUGGCCGAGUCGUGCACUGUAAAACCAAUGGAAAGAAACAUACAAAGAGUAGCUUUGUUUAUCUACAUAAAUUUAAACUGCUAACCAGAAACUUAAUCCCAUUGUUUUAAUGAGGUUAGCCACUUUUGUUUUCACUGAUUAUUAUUAUUAUUAUUAUUAUUUUGAAAUGCUGUAGCACACAAAAAUGUAUGUGCACAUGCCUAUAAAUUAAAAACAAUAUUUGGCAUCUAGA